AUGGGCACGGGCGGCCCCCGGCGGGGCGAGGGCCCCCCCGACGGCGGCUGGGGCUGGGCGGUGCUGGGCGCCUGCUUCGUGGUCACCGGCUUCGCCUACGGCUUCCCCAAGGCCGUGAGCGUCUUCUUCCGCGCGCUCAUGCGCGACUUCGGCGCGGGCUACAGCGAGGCGGCCUGGGUGUCCUCCAUCAUGCUCGCCAUGCUCUACGGCACCGGCCCGGUGUCCAGCGUCCUCGUGGCCCGUUUCGGCUGCCGCCCGGUGAUGCUGGAGGGCGGGCUGCUGGCCUCGGCGGGCAUGGUCCUGGCUUCCUUCGCCCGGCGCCUCCUGGAGCUCUACCUGACGGCGGGGGUGCUCACAGGCCUGGGCCUGGCCCUCAACUUCCAGCCGUCGCUCAUCAUGCUGGGGCGGUACUUCGACCGGCGGCGGCCGCUGGCCAACGGGCUGGCGGCGGCGGGCAGCCCCGUGUUCCUGGCGGCGCUGUCGCCGCUGGGCCAGCAGCUGCUGGAGCGCUUCGGCUGGCGCGGCGGCUUCCUGCUGCUGGGCGGCCUCCUGCUGCACUGCUGCGCGUGCGGCGCCCUCAUGCGGCCGCCGGGGCCCGGCCCUCGGCGCGGGGGCAGCGCCCGGGGGGCGCGGGCGGAGGCGGCCCGCCAGGGGCUGAGCCCGAGCGCGGCGCCCGCCGGCCCGGCCCGCCGCCGCCUGCUGGACGUGGCCGUGUGCGCCGACCGCGCCUUCGCCGUGUACGCCGUCACCAAGUUCCUGAUGGCGCUGGGGCUCUUCGUGCCCGCCAUCCUGCUGGUGAACUACGCCAAGGACGCGGGCGUGCCGGACGCGGACGCCGCCUUCCUGCUCUCCAUCGUGGGCUUCGUGGACAUCGUGGCGCGGCCGGCGUGCGGGGCCCUGGCCGGCCUGGCGCGCCUGCGGCCGCACGUGGCCGACCUCUUCAGCCUGGCCCUGCUGGCCAACGGGCUCACCGACCUGAGCAGCGCGCGCGCGCGCUCCUACGGCGCCCUGGUCGCCUUCUGCGUGGCGUUCGGCCUCUCCUACGGCAUGGUGGGGGCGCUGCAGUUCGAGGUGCUCAUGGCGGCCGUGGGCGCGCCCCGCUUCCCCAGCGCGCUGGGCCUGGUGCUGCUCAUCGAGGCCGUGGCUGUGCUCAUCGGACCGCCUUCUGCGGGCCACCUGGUGGACGCGCUGAAGAGCUACGAGGUCAUCUUCUACCUGGCGGGCUCCGAGGUGGUCCUGGCCGGGCUCUUCAUGGCUGUGGCCACCAACUGCUGCCUGCGCCGCGCUCAGGACGCCCCGCCUCGCCCCGGCACCGAGGGCGGGGCCAGCGACUCGGAGGCCGCAGAGGCCGAAGGGGACUCCGAGCCCCUGCCCACCCCGGAGCCCAGUGUCCCUGAGGCUCUGGAGUUGCUCAGCCCUGGGGCUGGGCCCUCAGCACCCGAGGUGGAGGCAGAGCCAGGGCUGGACCCGGAGUCUGUGUAGCGCAGAGGCGUGGGGUGGAGAGCUAGUGACUGCAGACACAGGGCUUCCCUGGCCGAGGGAGGCUGCUCAGGGUGGUCACCCCUGGGUGCCAGGUGCGAGCUUCCUCCCUGUCUGCCCCUCGAGCCAUGGCC